UCUCCUUAGCUCCAAAUACAUUCACCAAUUAAGUACAUAGCAAAAACAAUGGCAAUCUCGAGCCAAGUGAAGCUCUAUGGUAUGUGGGCUAGUCCUGCGGUCCGAAGGGUUGAAUGGGCGUUGAAGAUGAAGGGGGUUGAGUAUGAGUACGUUGAAGAAGAUCUCUCGAACAAGAGCCGCUGUCUUCUUGAAUACAAUCCGGUUAACAAGCAAGUUCCCGUGUUGGUCCAUGACGGCAGACCCGUGGUUGAAUCUUUGGUUAUUAUUGAGUAUAUUGAUGAGGUUUGGAAGGAGAAGAAGAUCUUGCCUGAGGAUCCUUACGAAAGAGCUACGGCAAGGUCUUGGGCUGUUUUUGCGGAGGAUAAGUGUCGAGCUGCAACCAAGGCGGUAUUCUUCACUGAAGGAGAAGAACAAGCAAAAGCCAUUGAAACUCUGGAAGAAGUCAUAGGGAGAGUUGAUGCAGAACUAAAAGGAAAAAAGUUCUUUGGAGGAGAGAAGAUAGGAUACUUGGACUUGGCUCUUGGUUGGCUUGCAUUUUGGCUCGGGGUAGCAGAAGAGGUUGCUUGCUUCAAAGUUGUGGACUCUCAGAAAUUCCCGAACUUCGUGUCAUGGAUCGACAACUUUCUCCAGAUGUCGGUGAUCAAAGAGAACCUUCCACCUCAUGGGAAAACUGUCGAAUUCUUCAGAAAUUAUCGCCAGAUUCAGUUAGCUGCGGAUAAAUGACUGAAUCGUGCUCCUGUCUGUUGAAUAUCAGUCAUGUUAGAAAUGCAUAAUAAGUUCUUUCCCCGCAGAAAUUAUUCGGGGAACUGCAACUCAAUUGAUGAAUAAUUUCUUAAGAAUCAUCGACAUGAAGCGUCAAAAAUGUUUGGGUUAAUUGCGUAAUGACCCUGUACUACAACCCAAUUGC